UAUGUAUAAAGCAACAAACUAUAAACUAAGAACAGUCCAUCUCUUUCUCACUGAACCUCUCGUUGAGUCUUUUUCUCUUCCCUCAUUGAUCAUUCUCUGCUAAUUUGCUUCUUUAUAAUACAACAUAACAAGAAUACACGAUUGAUCUCAUCCAAGUUGAUCAUCAAGAUGGGUUCUCUUCUGUUGAGUUCUGCUAAAGCAAUUCCUAUUAUCUUCUUCGUUAUCUUGUCAUCUACUCUUCAGAACUUCACUGUUUCUUCCUUUGAGUUUGAAGUUGGAGGUGCCAAAGGUUGGGUUGUUCCUCCUGCAAAUGGCACCAAUAUUUACAACGAAUGGGCCACUAGAAACAGGUUCCAGAUUGGUGACAGCGUCCGUUUCAAGUAUGAGAAAGAUUCAGUAAUGGUGGUGAGUGGCACAGAGUACAAGAAGUGUGAUUCCACACAUCCCAUGUUCUUCUCCAACGAUGGCAACACAGUGUACCAGUUUGAUCGUUCUGGGUUCUAUUAUUUCAUCAGUGGUGUCUCAGGACACUGUAAGAGAGGACAGAAGGUGAUCAUCAGGGUUAUGUCACCCGACGACGACGAUGAGUCUUCCCAAUCCUCUGAAGGAGCUUCUGUCCAUGCCAUCACUUCUGGGCUUUCUGCACUCCUUCUCUUAUCAUUCACUGGGUUCUAUCUUCUUUAGUUUCCCCGUUACAGUCUAGAGAGUCUGGGUUUAGGUGUAUCAGUAAAAACUUAUUUUUAAUUGGUUUAUGUUAUAAUUUAUUUAUGGUGAUUUAAAAUGGUUUAACUUGGGGUGGGUCUGUGAAGACAUUGAAUGCUGAAAUAUGGUUUAGUUUUUAGAAAUUAUAGAAUUAAUUAGUUCUUUUUUUA